GGCUCCACAGUUAUCAGACAAAACAGGAUGUGAGUGCUUCCCGGACUUCCUACACAAACUCCGACUUGACCACAGCUUUCUGUCUUUGCCCACUGGUGCAGCAGUGGAGGUGCCGACUCCAAGUGGCGCACCGAGUCAGGCGGCUCAGUGUGGUGAAGGCACGCCGACGCCGGUGGGAUCUUAUUCGUGACUCGCGCCUCCAUUUUUUUUUGUCUUUGUAAAUGAGUGGGUCCAUGUUCCUUUCCGUUUGGUUGUCCGCGUGCUCACGAUGUAGGCCGGUAAUCCUGCUGUCGGACAGUGUUGGAAUUCUCACAUCUGUAGAGAAAACAAAGAGGCGUGCAUAAUUCAUGUGCCCUUUUGUAUCUGCUGGCCAAGAUGAGUACAGACAGACCCAAACGGAAUAUCAUCAAGAAAAAAUAUGACAUCAGCGAUGGGAUGCCGUGGUGUGAAGAACGUCUGGUCCGCAAAGUUCUUUUCCUCUCCCUCAGGGAAUUCAGAGACACACACCGUGCCGCACACAAAAACUCGCACUUACACACUCAACCCCACAAAUGCACAUUGAAAAACACACAGACGCUGUGUAAUGUGCACACACAGAAAAGCGCAUGCAGAAUACAGAGCGUUCACACAGCACAACAGAAAGUCACUCACAGUCCACAAAACACACAUAGACAGAAAAACACACAUAGUGCACAAAGUCUGCACAUUCCAAAACACUUACGCCGUCAUGACCACAGAAAUAAAGGGCAAAAAACAAACUCGCCUCAGGACUCCCACACACCAAAAAAUAAAUGUACUCACGCAGUGCAGAACAUGCAAACACCAUCAAAAAUGUGUAAAGGGAAAAUGAUACGCGCCGUGCAGCAUACACACCUGCAAGAAAAUACAUGCGUGUUCCGGAAUUCUUCAUCAACCAGGACAUUACGCUCGCAUAAAACCCAAAACACGCUGUCAUUGCUUAAUGCUAUAGAAACCGCAAAACGCGCCCAAAGAACUCAGCACAAACACUCAGUGAAAAACACCUGCACGGCUGAUGACACGCAGACGCUGCUGAGCACACCUGUCCCGACUAGGAUGCUGAGGUCACACACUCCUACACGCCUCAGGGGCUCCGUGAUUAAUGGCAUCAGCCGGUGUCCGUCCCUCCUGUCAGCUAGUCCAAGCUGGAGCUGGUCCUUACAGACACGCCCUCAACAGCGCCGUCCUGUUAGCGUCCAUCCUGACAAAGACGACCCUGCCAGCAAGAGACCAAGGGUGCAAGCACAGAGGAAGUUUGCCCAGUCCCCCCCAAGCUCUCCAGGACCACCAGUGUUGAUGACAUCAGCACAGAGUAACCACACCCACAGUCUGGCCGUAGUCACCUGUCUGACCAGACAUCGACCCAAAACUGAGGACUUCUUGUCUUUUCUUUGUUUGAGAGGUUCAUCGGCUUUGCCCAGCAACAUGGCCUUCUUAGUGAGGGGACGAGCAAAAGAGCAGGCUGCCGCUCAACAUCCUGCUUCCUGCCUUUCCGCCAACCGUAAAACUGCAGCUACAGGGAAGAACGUGAACAUAUGCAAUAGAACAACAGUACAGCCAGCCUCUAGGUCUCUGAGAAGGAGUAGAGGCUCUGCAGCAGGCAACUCGUUAUGUCCACUAACUGCCCGGGCACAGAGGAGGAAGGAGAGGGAGAGGAGAGAGGAGGAACAGCAGAGGAGGAGAGAGGGGGUGGAGGAGGACAGGAGAAAAGGAGCUGAGAAACACCUUCUGAGACCCUGCCAGCUCUCCCUACAGGUCAGGAGAACUAACAAGGUUCCCGUGGUGACUGGUUUCUCUGAACAAAGAACCUCCUGUAUCAGGUCAACCCCUCCCUCAAAGCCUAGCACAGGGGCUAGUCGUCAACAACGCCCCUGCACAAGACCUAGCAGUACCUGUAAAUCAGGAGGCCAUCCGCACAGCAGAUCCCAGGAAAUCGACAAAAAAAACCUUUCCCAGCAUAGCAACCUAGAGCUGCCUUGCAAUCAGCACCUUUCUCUUGACCACCAAACAGUCUCUAACUACUAUAGCAACCCCACCUUCAGUAGUCUCAAGAACUCAGGAAAAAGUUCAUGCAGGGUUCCAUCUCAAAUAUCACCACCUAAUGGUUUAGUCAUCAGACAGUUAAAUGAGAAUCCUGGUGUCCUGAGAUUAUCCAGAAGGAGAAGAGGCCUCCCACCAGACACAAGCCCUGGCCCUCUGAAUUGGGUUACUUUGGACAGCAACUCAUCAAAGAAGUGCAGGACAUUGCAAUGCAAUGAGGGUGAUGUCCCAUUGGAGAGUGACUUCCAUAUUGGUGAGAUCCCACAGAAGGGAGCUGACUGUACUAAAGAUGUUAGAGAGGAGUGUGCGUGCCAUAUGGAUAAACUCACUGGGAGCCGUAUUGAAAAUUUAAGAUUGGCGAGGAUUACUGCUUUGGAGUCCACUCAAGAAAGGGUCAAUUUUACCAGCGUCAUAGCAAACUAUGACCUUGGCUCUGUCAAUGAUGUCAUAUGCAGACAUGAAGACAUAAGAGAUAAAAGGCUGCAGAGAAGUCAGUCUGCAUCAUCCACAACUCUAAAGCCAAUUACCAGGACUACUGAUUCCAGGAAUUCUGCCAGAGCUGCUACUCCUAAAACUGCCAUAACUAAAGCUGCUAUUAACUCAUUUACACGUGUUCACACUGACCCAUUAGCCAUUUAUUCCGUCAAGCACACUGCAAAGGGUACUAACAAAGGUAUUAGAAAGGACGUUACAAAGUGUACUUCACGAUCCAGCAGUUACUCUAUCCACAAAUCCAAAGGUGCUGCAAAAGACUUUUCCAAGUGCACCACAGUGUGCUCGACUAAGGACAGUGCACCUAUCAGUUGUUUUUCUUGGACUUCCAAGGACUCUACCAAGGGCCUCACCCAGACCAAGCCUACUACCUCAGCAAUUAAGACCAGGACCAGCCCUAGAAUCUCUCUGAAACGCUAAUAUUCACAGUUCCACUGCUCACUGUACUGCGAAUUAAUGCUGAAGACAAUUAACAAAAUAUUUUAAACCGCAUUCACUACUCUUCACCAUAGGCAUUGCAUGAUAAUGGACGGUGGAUAGCGAUGAGGUGACUAUAUACUGAUGUUGAUAUUUGUCCAUGAUUGUGGGAUAAAUCUAAUUCCAUAUAAGUUUUAUAGAUAAUUGGAAGACACAGAAUAAUGCCAGAUGUGUUGUACAGUGGAGUAUAUAUUCCAAACUCACUUAUUUUGGAUGCUGUCCAUACCUUGUCUGACCUCCAUUACAGCCACCAGAUGAAGCAGUCUGUUUGAAACCAGCUGCAUUGUGCUGGUCUGUUCGAUGAGCAGAGUUUAGAAACAUAUUUGUAAUUGGCAGUUGACAGGGCAGUGUGUGUCACAAUGUGUGAUUUCAGAGAAGGAGAGAGCUUGAAGGCAGUAACAGACAAUAUUAUACUUGCUCUUAGAUAUUUGCUCAUUUCACAAGUCUGCCACAAUGCGAUUUAUGUGUAAAUGAUAAAUUGGGCAUGAAUGGGGUGAAGGAAGCUUUUUUGAUUUUGUAUUGAAAUGACAGUAGAUGAGAGGAGAAUGGAUUUACUGUUUACAGCAAUGUGAUUGACUAAUUGAAAUCAUGUUUGAUCAUCAAUCUGUUUGCUUGAAAGAGUCUGAAAGAGCUGUGAGCUGAUUAAGAAAAACAGAGAGAGACUUGUGAAUGAAUGAGGAUAAACAUAAACUGACCGAACUUAAUUAGCUUACUUAUUACUUACUUUUUCUCUACUCAUAGCUCAGCAAAUUAUCAGUAUUAAUUCUACAUUUUCUUACUCACCUUUGGUCAUCUUCCAACCUGGUUGAAUUUUAACCCAUGUGCACUUGAAACAUCAACUGUCUGAUUAAUAUUGCCGUAGCAACAGCAACAAGAUGCCUGGGCAGGUGUAUUGUUUUUUGUUUCUGUGUGUUUUAUGUUGUAACAGCGUUGUUUGAAUAUAUUUAUUUAUUUGACUUCAACUGAAGCUGUUUAUGCCUGUACUCCAAGUGUCAGUUUAGUAACUUAAAUAACAAUUUAUUUAUGCUUCACCAGACACA